UCUGCUCCCAUGAGGCCUUUGGGGCCGGCAGAGCCGAGUCUGCUGCUCGCGUCCAGGGUAUUUACUGCUGGUGUAUGAAAUGCCAAUAUGGACAGUGCUGUCCACCCAUAGCACAGGCAGACUAAUGGCUGUUUAUCGCACACGAUGCCCCUGCAGGUGAAACUCCAGGGAGCCCUGGGCCCUCUGAGGAAGGAGCUGGAAGAGGCCCUGGCUCUGACGUCUAAAGAGGAGGAGAAAACCACCGAGUGGCAGAGGAAUGUGAAGAACAGGAGAGAGACGAUUGCAGGUGAAUUUAACAAACUGCACACGCUGCUGAGAGAGGAGGAGCAGCUGCUUCUGCAGAGCCUGGAGGAGGAGGAGAGGGAGACUCUGCAGAGACUACAGGAAAAUGUCACCAAACUCUCCCUGCAAAGCUCCUCUCUGCAGCAGCUGAUCACAGAGAUCGAGGAGAAGUGUCAGCAACCAGUUGUCGAGCUGCUAAAGGAGUGAGAAUGUGAAACUCCAGGAACCAGAAGCUGUUUCUACUGACCUGAAGGACAUGUAUAAAAUUUCCCUUGACAUGAAUGAAGUGUUGAAAAGAUUUGGAGGUGAGUGGAGUCUACUGGGACAUUCAGCUGUGU